AAAGUCUCGAAAGUCUUGCGAUCCCAAGGAGAGCACACCUGCUUCAAACGAUAGUUCGUUGGGCCCUCGCCUCUUUCCUUUCGAUCGUACGCGAUUCGAGCCGAGUUCUGCGCAUAUGUAAAUUGUAACAUCAGGACCUGGAUAUCGAGAGAUGUCAAUCACGUACCGGGUCUCGAGGAUUUAUAGCUCAGUGUCUUUCUGAGUUGGUCCCGCAGCAUCCUUUUUGUAUUUUCAUCCGUUGGAGACCCAUCGGGUGGCGAUACCACUAUAUCUUCCUCCGCAACUUCGGUCUCCGCUUCUCCAUCUUGUAUCAGGAUCCCUUCAUUUAAAUCUAAAUUCACGAUUGAGGAGGCGCUGCUGUCCAGCUGUUGGCUAAGAGUGACAGAUGGUACAGGGGGCGGCGGUGUGUCUGAGACCGAAGGAUUGUUAAAACUAUGAACCUGAAGGUUGGAUAGAGAUGGUGAUGGUCGAAGUGCAGGAGGAAUCGUAAAGCGUGAAGGAGAUCGAUUGAGCGUCGGAUUUGGAGUGCUAGCUCGUGAAGGAGUUCUAGAUCUUGAGGUAGUCAGCGGCGACGGCGACGGCGACUGACUCUGUGAGCUCAUCGUGGUUGCCGGUCAAGAGGUUGAUCAGCCGAAGCUCCCUUGAAGUUGCACCGUUACCACUACCGUUCAUCCUCAGUAUCGAAGAGAUAGCUGGAAAUUUACAUGGACGAUGUUGUGUAUCAACGAGGAGACCCUUGGUUCAGCGACGGGAACAUUAUUCUAGUCACUAACGACCAGAAAUCUCCAAUUGCGUUUCGUGUCCACAAAGGGGUGCUUUCCAGGCAUUCAGAAGUCUUCCAAGGGAUGUUUGAGAUGCCUCAGCCCCAAUCUGUAUUUGACGCUCCAGAAGAUUGUCAAGUUGUACCCAUGCACGACCUCUCAGUCGAGCUUUCCAUUCUUGUGAAAGCCCUUUAUGACGGACCGUCUUUUGCAAAUCGUUCUAUUGACGACUUUUUCUAUCUAGCUGGAAUCCUUCGAUUGUCAACAAAGUAUUGUAUCGGUCAUCUCAGAACACAGGCGAUACACUUUCUGACAGAGACAUGGUGUUAUACUCUUCGAGGGCACGAUAACAUGGUCGAUCUUGCCGUCAAAACGCCAUCCGUAAACCAGAUGAGCUAUCCAUUCGUUCAUCCUAUCCAUGUCCUCAACUUGGCCAGAGAAACAAACGUUCGCAUUGUUCUUCCCUCUGUAUUCUACUUCCUUUCAUUAUACCCUCUGAAUGACUUACUUCGAGCCGACCAUCCAAAACUAUUGACAAAACACCCUUCCAAGCCGUCCUCGGAACUACACCCACGAGACAUAAAGGAUUAUACCUUGAUGUUCCAGAGAAGACUGGAUUUACUCAUGGACUUUACUCGCAGGAUAUGCGGCGAACGUAAGCCAACGGAAGGUUGCACGAAUCAGAAGGCCUGUAUCCGUCACUUUACACGGGCGACUUUUAGGCUCGAAAGGUCUUGGAAGAUGCGCACUGGCGUCUUUUAUUUCAUGUCCGACGCCAUGACAGAGGUGCUUCAAGACGGAACGUUCUGUAUCUUAUGCCGUGAGGCAUUCCAACAAGAGGUUACCCAGUACCGUCAGCAUGCAUGGAACGAACUCCCGUCCGUGUUGGGCCUUCCGUGCUGGGAGGACCUUAUAAAUGACGAGAUCCCUUCUGGGAGAAUUCCAAGUUCUACUAUUACUCUUGAACAGGAAUUGCAGCAAGUUUGACACCCUGCACCCAUGUUGCUAAGCGAUUUCGGCUGUCACCAAGACACCACCAUUUUUCUACCAUAUCUUCUGAAAGUCCGUGCCCAUCCAAUUCGAGUUCAAACACGUCGAAAGAUCCUAUACCGCGAGCGGGUUCUAUCUUAAACAGCUCGACUGUUGAAAGGUUGAUUCUGUAAAUAUCUAUGUCGCAGUCAUUUCGAAGGUGACACUCACUAUGCUGUGCAUCGAAUGGGGCACCUACUUGAAACAUACCACUCCCAUCGGGAAGACCUAGGCCUAUAGCACCUCCGCGUGUUGCGAGGUAGAGUGCCUCCUUCCAAUCGAUGGCAAGGCUCACUCGAGAUGAUAUAUUUCCCAUUGUCCUCGCACCUUCUCUCAUUCGAGACACCACAACUGCUUGUCUCAUGGCAUUCAUGAUGUCGAUGCUGUACCCCCCAGCGACAUCGGUGCCAAGACCUACAGACACGCCUAUGUUCAACGCUUCACGAAGCCGGAAAGGUUCUGCAGAGAAGUAAGCAUUGGAUAAUGGGCAAUGCGCUAUAGUGGUCUGCUGAUCAUGGAUCUUGCAUAAGGAGGGACUGUCAAGGAAUG